AUGGGUGCAGUGCAGGCGACAGAGCAGCAGAGCGGUGGCUGCAGCAGCACGGCAGUCGACACCAGUCAACGCCAGUCAACUCCAGUCCUCGGCACCGCUGCGAUCACUGCCAUUAUGGGGCGCCUCUCCCUCACAACCCCCCAUAGCAGCGGCGCCUCUCAAUCACAACUUCCCAGAGCAGCGGCGCCUCCUCCUCACACCCCCCCAGAGCAGGGGCGCCUCUCCCUCACAACCCCCCAUAGCAGCGGCGCCUCUCAAUCACAACUUCCCAGAGCAGCGGCGCCUCCUCCUCACACCCCCCCAGAGCAGGGGCGCCUCUCCCUCACAACCCCCCAUAGCAGCGGCGCCUCUCAAUCACAACUUCCCAGAGCAGCGGCGCCUCCUCCUCACACCCCCCCAGAGCAGGGGCGCCUCUCCCUCACAACCCCCCAUAGCAGCGGCGCCUCUCAAUCACAACUUCCCAGAGCAGCGGCGCCUCCUCCUCACACCCCCCCAGAGCAGGGGCGCCUCUCCCCUGCUGCAGCUACAACUCACCAGAGAGGAGCGGGCGCAUGGCAUGAUGGGAUGGCAUGA